AUGGGCGAGAGACACGAUGCAGUCAACACUCGUGACGGCGGGCCAUCCCACGGCGUCAUGAUCAUGGGCGGGUCAUCAGCCCGUGCACUGGGGGUGGGACGGGGAGGGGAAGCGAGAGACGCUUUCGUGAAGGCGAGGGACGAGGAGCUGUGGCACGUGGCGGCUGGGUCGCUGGCCCUGGUGCCUGCUGUGGGGUCGCUCGCUGUGUACUUCCCUCAGGGACACAUCGAGCAGCAAGUGCUGCUCCAACAGAGGGCGCAAGGCCGGGCGUUGCACGGUGAGGCGCUGGAGGAUUUGAGUGCGCACCUCGCUGCUCUGCCUGCCGACACGCCCCUCCCUCCCAGCCACAUCUUCUGCCGCGUCACUGCCGCCACCCUACAGUCUGAGGCGGCUACUUCUCAAGCGGCCAUCACAGCCGGAACACGGGAAGCAGCAGCAGCAGCAGGGGGGAGAGGGAGAGCAGACGGGGGUGGGGAGGAGGGUGGUGCGGGAGCUGCAGGGCUGAUGUGGGGGCGGGAGGAGCAGGCGGUGAUGUUCUGCAAGACGCUCACAGCCAGUGACACCUCCACCCAUGGCGGCCUCUCCGUGCCUCGCAAGGCCGCUGACACCUGCCUCCCUCAGCUGGACAUGACGCAGGACAUCCCCUCGCAGAGGCUGAGAGUCGUUGAUAUCUACGGCAACAGCUGGAUCUUCCGCCACGUGUACAGAGGCUCGCCCAAGCGGCACCUCCUCACGACGGGGUGGAGCACGUUUGUGUCCAGCCGAGGGCUCGUGGCGGGCGACAGGGUUCUGUUCGUGCGGGGCCAGGACGGUUACCUCAAGGUCAGUGUCAGACGGAAGACUGUGCCACCUGUCGCCACGCCAUUGGCCUAUGGAAUGUUCGCGAACGGCACGGGAGGCAGCAGCAUGGGGCCAGGGGGGAUGGAUGUGGAGGGAACGGUGCGCAUGGCCACAAUGGGCUAUGAGCGCCGGUGCCCCUUCACUGUUGUGUUCCACCCUCGGCUGCCGGGCUGUGCGCCCUUCCUCAUCCCGCUCUCCGCCUUCUGCCUCUCUCUCCUGCGCAAGCAGCACCUGCGCUCGGGGUCAGAGCUCCGAGCGCCCUUUGAGGCUGAAGACUUCACCAUGAGGAGACCUCUCAUGGCCAAUUCGUUCCCUUCCCCUGCCCCCCCCGUGCCUUCGUUCCACCCACCAAUGCCACCGGGGCUGAAGGCUGCGAGGCAUAGUGGCAGGAGUGGGGAGCACCUCCUCUGUGUGGCCGCUCUCACAGUGGCGCUCAGUCAAGGUCAGUCAACGCUGGUCAUGGUGCUUGUUCGCAAGCGUAAUCCCACACACUUCCUAUCUGCAUCCUGUCCAACACCUCUCCCAUCUGCUCCUCCUCCCUCUCCUUGCACCUCUACCACUCGCCUGCAUUGCUGCUGCACCCCGCCUGUACCUUCCAGCAGCGAGCAUCAAGUGCCUCUCUGCUCUCCUGUCCUCCUUCCUUCACCUCCUUCAUCCUCCUUCUACCCUUUUCCUCCCCACUCCUUUCCACGCUCUCCUCUCUCAUUCCACCCUCUCCUCUCUCUUUGUUCCAUCUCCCUCACCCAUUCCUCCUUGUAUCCUCCCCCAACGCCUCCCUCCCAUCCGCCAGGUGUCGUGGUCGGAUUCAGACCCAUCGCUCUGCAAGCCCGCUUCCAUCUCCCCGUGGGACAUCUCCCCGCCCCGAGAAGUCCCUCCCUCCUCCUCCCUCCCCCUCCCCUCCUCCCUUCAAACCUCGGCCUCCACCACCAGCCUCGACCCCUUCACUUCCCACCACCACCGCACUCCACACUUCCACACUCCCUCCUCCUUCCCUGCCCCCCCCUCCCUGCCGUUUUGCUCCCCACCUUCCAUCCGCAGCAACCACUUUCAGUCUUCACAAGAACAUGA